AUUGACACUAAUGAGCAAGUUCUUCCCACCGGUCUCCUGCCUGGAAGUGCUGACAGAUCAAGGCAACAAAUUUCAAUUACAAGCCCUAAUUUGUGUCCGCAGAGCGUUUGUUACCCAUGUCAGAGCUGUUUGGCCCCUCAGACGAAGCAGAGCUUGCAGGAAGAAGAGGAGGAGGGGGAGGAGGGAGAGAAGAAGAAGAAGAAGAAGAAGAAGAAGAAGAAGAAGAAGAAGAAGAGAAGCGCUGCUUUUCCAAAAAGGAAUAGAUCGGGCUUGGAAAGAAAAGAGGAGGAGGAGAAGGAGGGGGGACACGAACCCCAAACCUCUUUGGGCUGCCUUAAGUCGGAUGUAAAAGAGGAGGAGGCGACGCGAAGGCGGACGGCGCGGCCUGGAAGGAGGCGAUCAGGCGCCCGGGGAAGAGUCGCGGAGGGCUCCGAGCCCGGCUCGGGCAUGGCGGAGAAAAGGCGAGCGUCCCCGUGCGCCAUGCUGAGCCUCAAGGCGCACGCCUUCUCUGUGGAAGCCCUCAUCGGCGCCGAGAAGCAGCAGCAGCAGCAGCAACAGGAGCAGCAACAGCCGCCGAAGCGGAGGAAAGUGACCGGGGAAGAGGCGCCACCGGCGGCCGCCGAAGGGGCGAGCAGCUGCGGGAAGGGCGCCGCGGAAGGCGCGGACGCUUUGGCGCCUAGCGCCGAGACGGGGCCGGCCGCGGCCGAGAGGAGCUGCGGCGUCCGGGCUCUGCCUCCCGGUGGCUGCGAGGACAGCUUCCUGAGCGCUACGUCGCCGCCGCUGUCCCCCGGAGGCCCCGCCAAGCCCAAAGGUUCCUCCAGGCCUGCUUCUCCCUUGCUGGCCCCGCCAGUGCCUCGCGUCGACCUGCAGGGCGCAGAGCUCUGGAAGCGCUUUCACGAGAUCGGCACCGAGAUGAUCAUCACCAAGGCGGGAAGACGGAUGUUUCCUGCGAUGAGAGUGAAAAUUUCAGGCCUAGACCCUCAUCAGCAAUACUAUAUUGCCAUGGACAUUGUCCCUGUGGAUAACAAAAGAUACAGGUAUGUUUAUCACAGCUCCAAAUGGAUGGUAGCUGGGAAUGCUGAUUCGCCUGUUCCUCCCCGUGUGUACAUCCACCCAGAUUCACCCGCCUCAGGAGAGACUUGGAUGAGGCAGGUGAUUAGCUUUGACAAGCUGAAACUUACAAACAAUGAAUUAGAUGACCAGGGACAUAUUAUCCUCCAUUCUAUGCACAAAUAUCAGCCACGUGUCCAUGUCAUUCGGAAGGACUGUGGGGAUGACCUCUCCCCAGUCAAACUCAUUCCUUCGGGAGAAGGAGUGAAGGCAUUCUCCUUUCCUGAAACUGUUUUCACAACUGUCACGGCAUACCAGAACCAACAGAUUACCCGACUCAAGAUUGAUAGGAAUCCAUUUGCCAAAGGAUUUAGAGAUUCUGGACGCAACAGGAUGGGAUUAGAAGCUUUAGUAGAGUCUUAUGCAUUCUGGAGACCUUCACUGAGGACACUUACAUUUGAAGAUAUACCUGGGAUCGCAAAACAAGGAAACGCUGGCUCUUCUACUUUGCUCCAGGGAACCGGAAAUGGAGUACCAACCACUCACCCCCACCUGCUCCCGGGGUCCCCUUGUUCUUCUCCUGCCUUCCACCUUGCCCCCAACACUAGCCAGCUCUGCAGCCUUGCUCCAGCUGACUACACAGCUUGUGCCCGUUCCGGUCUAGCCCUUAACAGAUACAGCACUUCCUUGGCCGAAACCUACAACAGGCUUACAAACCAAUCCAGCGAGACCUUUGCAACCCCAAGGACUCCCUCCUAUGUUGGUGUGUCGGGCAGUUCGACCGUGAACAUGCCUGUGGCAGGCAGCGACGGCGAUGCGUUUGGCUGCCCUCAGACAGGCUUAUCGAUGCAGAUUUCAGGGAUGUCUCCGCAGCUGCAGUAUAUCAUGCCCUCGCCAUCGGGCAACGCCUUCGCUGCAAAUCAAUCCCACCAGAGUUCCUACAACACUUUCAGGCUGCACAGCCCCUGUGCUCUGUACGGAUACAACUUCUCCACGUCCCCCAAACUGGCUGCCAGUCCUGAGAAAAUCGUUUCUUCCCAAGGAAGUUUCUUGGGGUCGUCGCCAAGUGGAACCAUGACCGAUCGGCAGAUGUUGCCCCCUGUAGAAGGAGUGCACUUACUUAGCAGCGGGGGGCAGCAGAAUUUCUUUGACUCUAGGACCCUGGGAAGCUUAACGCUGUCAUCAUCUCAAGUAUCUGCACAUAUGGUUUGAUAAAGCCUUUCGAAAACAAAAGUACAUUGGUUUCUACAAUGUAUUUCCUUUUCGGGAUUAUGCUAAGGUGAUUAAUGUGCCUAGUAAGGUGUUUAUGCUU